AGAAUCAUCAUCAACCAGCCGUUUUGAAUUCAUCAUCUCUUCGGCAAGUCGCAGAAGGCACCAGUAUUUCCAAAAUGUGGCAAAAUGACUUACGGCCAUUGCUGAUAGAGCGAUACCCGGGAUCUCCUGGAAGCUACGCUGCCCGUCAGCACAUCAUGCAGCGAAUUCAGAGGCUUCAGGCUGACUGGGUCUUGGAAGUAGACACCUUCCUGAGUCAGACGCCCUACGGGUACCGGUCUUUCUCAAAUAUCAUCAGCACCCUCCAUCCCACCGCUAAGCGACACUUGGUCCUCGCCUGCCACUAUGACUCCAAGUAUUUUCCCCACUGGGACAGCAGAUUGUUUGUGGGAGCCACAGAUUCAGCUGUGCCGUGCGCGAUGAUGUUGGAACUUGCCCGUGCCUUAGACAAGCACCUCCUUUCCUUGAAGAAUAUUUCAGACUCCAGGCCAGAUCUCUCCCUCCAGCUGAUAUUCUUUGAUGGGGAAGAGGCUUUUCUUCACUGGUCUCCUCAAGAUUCUCUCUAUGGGUCUCGACACUUGGCUGCGAAGAUGGCAUCAACCCCACACCCACCUGGAGAAAGAGGCACCAACCAACUGCAUGGCAUGGAUUUAUUGGUCUUACUGGAUUUAAUUGGAGCUCCAAACCCAACAUUUCCCAAUUUUUUCCCAAACUCUGCCAGAUGGUUUAAUAGGCUUCAUGCAAUUGAAAAUGAACUCCAUGAAUUGGGAUUGCUCAAGGAUCACUCUUGGGAGAGGCAGUAUUUCCAGAAUCAUGGUUAUGGAAACGUGAUUCAGGAUGACCAUAUUCCAUUUUUAAGAAGAGGUGUUCCAAUUCUGCAUUUGAUACCAUCUCCCUUCCCUGAAGUCUGGCACACCAUGGAUGACAAUGAAGAAAAUCUGAACGAAGCAACCAUUGACAAUCUAAACAAAAUCAUCCAAGUCUUUGUGUUAGAGUAUCUUCAUUUGUAAUAUUCUGAUGUAGAUUACGGCAAUUGCUUCUAGCAUUGAAGUCAAAAGUCAAGGCACCGUUUAAAAUAAUCUGAUGCCAGACAAAUACUGUGUGAUGACAUCUAUCUUAUAGAUCCAUUUCUGGGUGUCUUUAAUGCAAGACCAGUUCUAGAAUCAUUAUAGAAUGAUGUUGUGUCCUAAAUUUUUCAUUCAUUUUUAUUUACAGAUUAAAAAAGGGAGAAUGUAAGAAAAAUAGAAAAUAAAUAUCUUUUAAAAACUGUUUUAGAUAAACACUGUGAAACAAAAUCAGAUUCAUUUAUUAAAUAUUGUAGCCUUCUGAACAGCACUUAAGUGAUGGUUGCGAUAUGUAGCCUUUGUUUUAUGAUUUUUCAUAUGUGAGAAUCUACUGAAUAUAAUACAAAGCAAAGAUAUAGUUUGAAGUCUUUCAAAUUUCUUUGAGGAAUCUUGGUAGGGUUAAUAUCAUGGAAAUUAAAAUCAGAAUUAAAUGCCA